CGCCGCCUGGCCCCGCCCCGCCGCCCGCAGCCGCCGCGGCCCCGCGCCCGCCCGUGUCCGUGUCCGUGUCCGUGUCCGUGGACGUGUCCGUGGACGUGGACUUGUCCGUGGACGAUGGUGGCGGCCCGGGGCGCUGCCGCCCGCCGCGGAGCGCUGCUGCUGCUGCUCACCGCCCUCGGAUCCUUCCGUCUGCGCCUCGCCCGUGCCGCAGCAUCGUGUCCCCGGAGCCUGGACUGUGCCCUGCAGCGCCGGGAGUUCUGCCCACCAGGGUCAGGUGCCUGUGGGCCCUGCCUGCCCCCCUUCCAGGAGGAUGACCACGGGCGCUGUGUCCAGAAGCAGCUCUCACCCAGUGGACGGACCUCUGUUCCCAGCUUGGAGGCAGAAAUUGAUUUUCUCGCAGAUGUGCUGGCCAGGCAAGAGGCUCCUCGCCACCACCCACUACAGGAUGGCAGACCCAGGACCACCCUGGUGCCCAACGGUGGCAGACAGCAUGUAGCCAGUGGGCUGAGAGAGGGGCAUCUGCAGCAGGGUCCCGCCGGCACCAUAGCAGCCACCACGCUCCCUACCACUGCCACGGUCCAGAAGUACCCAGUGGAGGCAUCCCCCAUCCCUGAAAAUGACAACAUGGUGCUCGGGCUGAUCGUGGUGUGCACAGUGGCCGGAAUCUCAGCGCUGAUUGUGGCAGCCAUCUGCUGGUACAGGCUGCAGAAGGAGGUCAGGCUGGCACAGAAAGCAGACUACUCAGCCCAGCGAGUAGCCAGCCCCCUGCCCUAUGACAAGAUCUCGGUAAGGUGCCCAAAUCCUUCCCUGUGGGGUGUUCGGCACUCGGGCUCAGUGCUGGAGGGAUUCCCAUGCAGUCCAUGCGGUGGAGGCCCUCCACCAGCCAGGCUGGGGUCCUCCAGAGCCCAGUCUCCGCAGCUGUUCCUGCUCUCUCCACAGCCUGGGGACAAGACGCUGGCUCAGAAUGCCCAAAUGUACCACUACCAGCACCAAAAGCAGCAGAUGCUCUCCCUGGAGAAGCAUAAAGAGGAGCCCAAGAUGCCCGACUCAGCAUCAUCUGAUGAGGAGAAUGAGGAUGGAGACUUCACCGUGUAUGAGUGCCCUGGGCUGGCUCCGACCGGAGAAAUGGAAGUGAGAAACCCGCUGUUUGACGACUCCUCCUUACACCCCUCCAACCCUAAGUCGCACCAGUAACCGCCCGUCUCCUGCGCCCUAGCUUGCUACAGACUGUGCCCGCGGCCGUGCCCAGCGGGGUGGCCGUGCCAGAGGAGCACCCACAGCUGGGCCGAGGGACGCUGCCAGACUGUUCGAC